CUGUGAGACAACACUGAGGGCAGACCAUCCCACUUCAUUGUCAGGCCACAUCCUGUUUACUGUACUCCAGUCAAACGGCUCUGCUGUGGUGUGGAUCAAGUGUGUAAAGGAGUGCUGAAAUGACACCGCCUUCGAUCUAAACACGAUCAACCUGCUGUAAAUACAAGGAACUUUCCUCUUGGCCUCAGUUCCUGUCAGCACCACCAUGUCGUGCCGGGACAUCCAUGCCACCAACGCAUUUGCCUUCAUCAUUGCCUUUGUGUCUGUGGGAGGGAUCGCUGUGGCAACGUUAAUCCCACAGUGGCGUAUAACAAGACUCAUCACCUUCAAUCGUAAUGCCAAGAAUAUCAGCGUGUAUGACGGGCUGUGGGCUAAAUGUGUGAAACAGGAUGGCUAUUCAGGAUGUUACUACUAUGAUUCAGAGUGGUACUCAAAAGUAGACCAGCUGGAUCUGCGGCUCCUGCAGUUCUGUCUGCCUACAGGCCUGCUGUUCGGCUCUAUCGCCUUGCUGCUGUGCAUGGCAGGAAUGUGUAAGACCUGCUGCUGCUCAGACAAGCCUGAACCGGACAUUAAAACUAUCAGAUUUUUGGUCAACAAUGCAGGCUGUCACCUGGUGGCCGGGAUGUUCCUGUUCCUGGGUGGAGCUAUCGCCAUCGCACCCUCAGUGUGGUUCCUGUUCCGCACCAAGGAAAUGAACAUCAAAUACGACAAAAUUUUCUCAGAUGGUUUUGCCGUGUAUGUAGCUAUAGGCUGCUCUGGAGGACUGAUGCUGGCCGCCCUGCUGAUGUUCAUGUGGUACUGCAUGUGUAAAAAGUUGCCUUCGCCCUUCUGGUUGCCGCUGCCCUCCAUGACUACCUCUCUGUCCACCCAGCCUCUCACUGCCAACGGAUAUCCUCCUUCCCCAGUUUACGGUCCUCAGCCCUUCCCACCACAGACCUUUCCACCCACAGUGAUCGACCCCCAGCAUUAUGUGACCUCCCAAGGCUACGCGCAAAGUGUGGUUGCCCCUGCAGCCCCACAGGUGUACAUGUCUCAGGUUUCCGCUCCUGAUGGGUAUGGUUCAGAGGUGGGAGGAGCUCAGGCUUACAGCUAUGCACCCUCUCAGAGUUACGCACCGUCGCAGAGCUACGCUCCAUCUCAGGGCUACGCAUCCAGCUACACAGGCCACCGCUACUCCUCCCGCUCACGGAUGUCUGCCAUAGAGAUCGACAUUCCCGUGCUGACACAGUGACAGUAAGCAGCACGUUGAACCUCCUUAAAGUUCACCACUGAUUAAACUAAUAUAAUAUGAUAGAUAAAAAUGAAUAACAUUAAGAGCUAUUUACAGCCCCAAGAGUGAUUUAGUCAGUCAGUUCAGGUCUGUAAAUUGCUGAUAAUUGAAAGUGAAUCCCAAUCAAAAGAACCCUGGGGUUACUGUAUGAAGGAUGAGGUUUUCUUAAAAAUGAAAAUCACGAAAUCACUGGUGCAAACAACACUGUAUUUAGCUCAGUAUUGUAGAAAGGGAAGAAAAUAAAUAAUUUUCCAGCCAAAAACACUGAAAGACACCACAACUAACUAACCUUUUAUUACUGUUUUACCAACAGAGAAGGACCACUAAACAAAUGGUAAAUGGACUUGCACUUGUAUAGGGCCUUUCUAGUCUUCCAACUAGUCUUAUGUGACACUACGAGUCAUAUUCACACACACAUUCAUACACUAGUGGCUGAAGCUACCACAGAAGGUGCCACCUGCUACUCAGUUUUUAACACACUCGCACACCGAUGGAACAGCCACCAGGAGCAAUUCGGGGUUCAGUAUCUUGCUCAAGGAUACUUGAGGGAUCAAACUGCUGAUCUGAAAAGUGAGCCACAGCCACCCAACAAUAGCUCCUGAUGUGCUCAAGUGUCCAGUGGACCAACUUACGAGCUACAAGCAAAUAGUUCCUAGCAUUUGUCAUGUGACUAAAUAUAAAUUCUUGACUUAAGUUUAAAGAAGCCCUGAUGAUGGCUGCCAAAAGCAAGAGUCAGCUAAAUUCUUCUCUCUUUUUCUGUUACAUUUGUUAAUGUUGGACAUGUUAUAUUCAUACUCAAAUGCAGGGUUCCUGCAGAUCUUUAGAAAGUCUCUGCAUUGAAUGAAUUUAUCUUAAAAUAAGGCCUUAAUUGGUUUUAAAAUGUCUUAAAUCAAUAUCUCAGAAGUCUUAAAAAAGCACAGACAUGGGUAGAAGGAAUUUAUUAUUUGGGUUUUUUGUGAUGUUACUUUGUAAAAUCUCAAAAUAAUUGCCACUAUCUUUUGCAUUAACAUUUACAUCGACGAGAUGCUCAGAGCAGAGGCUCCACUGUCUGCUAGCUAGCUGUCACCGUUCCCUGGAUGACAUGGGGACGUGCAAAUUCAGCAAUAAUUAGCUAUUUAACCAAGAUUUUGAAGCGUGGCUGAAACUGGGAUCACCAAGAAAACCUGCUGUCAAACACCAGGUAUUUCCCAGUUCUCCCCUCGUCUCUGCCACAAGACAAAAGAGCCAUGUUUCAUGUUACAAUAAUACUUCAGCAAAUUUGCCACUUACUCUAAGUAACUUAUGUUGGAUCUUUCUUUUUUUUUUUUUUUAACUUCAGUUUUGGUUAUUGUACCAUUGGUCUUAGAUUUAAUUCUGGCUAGCAUAAAAAAGUCUUAAAAGGCCUUAAGCUGUAGGAACCCUGCAAAUCACUUGUCACUUUUGCCUUUGUAAAGCCUACACUAUGAAAGUCUUCUGUCGUCACUACUGAACUUAAAACUGACUGCAUUCAGCUUUAUCUUCUGUGCUUCUGAAUGGACACAAACUAACUGACUCACCUGUUAAUAUUUUUGCGCAAGAGGAAUCGUUAAUUAUGUCACGUUGCCCUGUGAAGAGCAUCUUGAAGUUUUUAAUGCACUAAUUAUGUGAAUACUGUGCCAGUUUACUUUGUCUUUGUUCACUGACUUCGUCAUAGCCUUGAGUAUUUCUUAACAUAUUAUUAUUACUUAAUUCUUUACUGUCAUGUACUUCAGUGUUAUUGUCGAAAACAGUGGCGCUAAGAACUUUGUUAGCUGUUGAAUUUAACGUACAGAUGUGGAAUUAAAUAUUAAGUAUGAAUUGUAAUGUUAGAACACUAACAGGAAUAAGAGUGCUGUCCAUCUGCACUCAACAUGUCCGCUGAUUAUUUUGCCAACUUAGCUGGAAGUGUGACGCUGUUCAGUGGUGGUAGUAACUGUGAUUAAGCCAACUUUAACGUACAGUUUAAAUCCUGCCUUUUGUAUGUUUUGCUUAAUGAGCACUGAUCAACAUUUCUUUGAGUCUUCAUCAUGUCGUUCUACAAUGUUGAGGUCAAAUGUUUUUCUACGCUGUCAUCUGUUUUUUGUUUUUAAUAAAACAUGAAUCACACUGUA